AUGCUGGGUUCCCACUGUGGUCCGUGCCCUGAGCGCUCCGGCCGGGUGCCGCGGCCGCCCGGCGCCGGAAGGCCCGCCCCCGCCGGAAGCGGCCGGUGUCCUCUGCAAAGGCGUCCGGGCGAGGCCGGAAGUGGAGGCGCGGCGGGGAGCGCCAUGGCUAAGGCCAGAGCCGGUGGGAGCUCGGGGCCUCGGGGCGGGGGCCGCGGUCGGGGCCAGCGGCGGACCCCGACGUGGGAGAUCUCGGACUCAGACACGGAAGGUCCUAUGCGCUCGGUGGCUGCCGUUAAGGCCCCGGAGCCGAAGGAGGAGCGCAGAGCGACAGCCGAGGCGCUGCGUCCCGAGCGAGCCCUGCGGCGUCUGGUGGUACGCGUGGACCCAGCUGUCCUAGAAGACACGGGCUCAGACGUCCUCCUGGAAGCGCUGGAAGCCCUGGGCUGUGACCACCGCAUCGAACCCCAGCCACACGCCCGGAGCCUCAGCUGGAGCCGCCUGAAGCCAGACCCUUGUCCUGGAGGCGUGCCCCUUGAGGUGUGGGCUUCGCACGAGCAGGAACUGCUACUGUUGGUGCACCCGGAGGACUUUCUUCAGGGCGUCGCCCAGCUGACCCAGCUGUCAGAGCCAACCUGCACAAUACCCUGGAUGUGUCCCCAGAGCUCCGCUCACCCCCACCUGGCUGUUGUAGGGCUGGAGGCCCACCUGUGGUCUUAUGCUCGCAGUGUCCAGGGGGAGCAGUGGUCACCAGAGAGACCAGCAGGGCCCCGUGCUGAAUGGACUGUUGGCUGGCCUCAGGUGGAGGAGGCUCUGGUGCUCCUGCAGCUCUGGGCAGGCCUGGACGUGCUAUUGGCAGCCACCUGGCAGGAGCUAAGUGAACAUGUGUGCGCCCUCACCAGGGCUCUUGCCCAGCGCCCCUACAAGCAACUCCGGGAGGCCCAAGCCUUUUCCUUCUGCACGGCCGGGCGCUGGGCUGCUGGUGAACGGGUCGCUAGAGAUGGCCAGGGGCUGCGGGGGACCUGGUGUCGGCAGAUUCAGCAGUUCAACAGAGUUAGCCCCACAGUGGCCAAUGCUGUCGCCACUGCUUUCCCCUCCCCCCGCCUCCUGCAGCAGGCAUAUGCGGCCUGCAGCUCAGACCAGGAACGGCUGGCCCUACUGGCGGACCUCCCUGUGGAGCAGGGCCAGGAUGGGCGGCCCCGAAGGCUGGGGCCCGACCUCUCCAGACGCCUCUGCCUCUUCCUGACCACGUCCAACCCUGACCUCCUGCUGGACCUGGGCUCCUAAGCGCCCUUGCCUGGGCAGUGCACAGCACUUGGACCACACAGCAACUAAGUAGACGAGGACAGAGAUAGAGCGGUCUCCAGCCCCUCACGGACAGAUGUAAACAAACGGACCCGGAGCCACAGGGAGACCGGUGGGAGGAAAGAAGAAUUCAUAGAAGGUGUCACAGCCGGCCUGACCUGUUUCUAGAAUAGUUUCAGAACAGGGCCCAUCUGGACAGAGCAAGCAGCCCUGGGGCCACAGUCCCCACUGUGGCCUCUGCCCGGCACAUGUAAACGUCAGCCUCCAAAGACCCGCCCACAGGCGGGCAGCAAAACACACCUGUGUGUCGGUGUCACAUCCUGCAUCCCACAGAGCUGAGUGUCACCUACGACAACGGUGGGGGCAGGGCAGGAAUGUAGGGUGGCCAGGCCCCAGGCCACUGAUCCAAGCCUGCUCUCUCAGCCCAGGUCACCUAGACACCCGGGUGACAGGCGUCUGGCGCCUGUCAGCAAGAAACCAACUGAGAGCCCCCAAGUCCCAGUGGGCCCGCCCCUCCACCAGCCUGCCUUGGCUGGGGGCAGACAACCUGAGCCAGGACACAAACAUCUCCCAGGCCACCUCCGUGAGCUGUCCUGAUCACCCAGAACCAAAGCUCUCAGCAUGCACGGAAUUCAGUACCUCCAUCUGAACAGGCCAAGGAGACACCUGGGCAGGCAGUUCACAAGGAGUGCGAGUGGGAUGAUAACAAGAAAAACCACCCACUCGGGCACCCUCCACCUCCCAACCCGAGAUGCCCACUCCCCACAAGAACCUACUUGCCCAUCAGAGUCAUAGCCCCAGUUAGCAGUGCCAGCCAGAGCCACAGCCCGGGCAUCAGCGUCUCGACGGGCUGCGCUCAGGACAAAAUGCCAUGCCCGGCUGCUCCGGGGCCGCCUGGCCAUGGUGGAGAGGACCUGGAAGGAAACAGCAGACAGCCUAGGUGACUGGGAAGACCCCUGGGUGCCACUCUGGCCCCUGCCAGCUCCUAGCUGUCCUCCCCGAGAUGCCACAGCCAGGGCUCCGGGACCCUGACAGAGGGGUCCACACCUCAGUCCAGUAGCUGAGUGCAUCAAUGAAGUCCAGGCAGACGGUGUGCACAGCUCUCCACAGCACCUCCAGGCCCAUCUCCUGCCGAACUCCAACUCCCCUACCCUAGGUCACCCAUCACCUGGCGGGCAUCUCCAGCCUCCACUGGCACCGCCUCCAAUGUCCACUCGGGCAAAUGGAAUCUCCAACCACCCACUUCCUCAUACCAGACACCAGGGAGUCAUCCCUGCCCCAACUCACCCGUCACCUCUCCAAGUUCCUGUCCUUCCCCUCCACCUCUGCCUCAAACAACCUUAUCAUUCCUGCAGGCCCGGCCAUUGCUUUGGGGAUAAAAGCAGAACUGUACACAA